GCACCCUUAACGACAAAUAUGGCGCUUCGGACUUGUCGUCGAUUAUGUGGUCUUUUCUCGCGUCGAGAGCUUAUAAAAGUAGUGCGGUCGAAUGUUCGCUGUUUGUCUCUACACGAAUAUCUAAGCAUGCAGUUGCUUGAAGAAGCUGGUGUGACGGUACCGAGAGGAGAAGCUGCAAGCUCACCGGAAGAAGCGUACCAGGUGGCAAAGAAGUUGGGAACUAAUGAUUUAGUUGUGAAGGCCCAGGUGUUGGCUGGCGGUCGAGGUAAAGGAAACUUCGACAGUGGCCUCAAAGGUGGAGUAAAGAUUACCUACAGUCCUGACGACGUGCGCAAGUUGUCCAGUCAAAUGAUCGGCCAUACUUUGUUCACUAAACAGACCGGUUCUCAGGGCCGUGUCUGUCACAAGGUGUUCGUAUGCGAACGGCUGUUUUCUAGGCGAGAGUAUUACUUUGCCAUUGUACUCGACAGGGCAAUGAAGGGCCCUGCUAUUAUUGCGAGCGCGGAGGGAGGCGUGGACAUCGAGAAGGUCGCCGCUGAGAGACCCGAAGCUAUCAUUAAGGAGCCAGUUGAUAUUACAACAGGACUGACUUGGCAGCAGGCGGACAGUGUGGCCGAGAAACUUGGAAUGACAGACGGUAUACGAAAGGAGGCCACGGAGCAGAUGAUCAAACUUUAUGACUUACUGAUCAAGCGUGAUGCAUGGCUCUUAGAAAUAAAUCCCAUGGCCGAAGACACGAAUGGAAGAAUCGUCUGUAUGGAUUGUAAAAUAAACUUUGACGACAACGCCGAUUUCAGGCAGAAGAAAGUGUUUGAAUGGAGAGACUGGUCGCAAGAAGACCAACGAGAAGUGAGAGCCACGAAAGCGGGACUAAACUACAUAGGAUUGGAUGGUUCGAUUGGAUGCUUGGUGAAUGGUGCCGGUUUGGCGAUGGCUACUAUGGAUAUCAUCAAGUUGCAUGGAGGAGAGCCUGCGAAUUUCUUAGACCUGGGUGGCGGUGCUCAGCAAAACCAAGUCACCGAGGCAUUCAACAUAUUGAGCGAAGAUAGCAAAGUGAUGGCCAUUCUCGUCAAUAUCUUUGGUGGAAUCAUGCGAUGUGAUGUCAUUGCUCGAGGCAUUAUAGCCGCUGCCAGUCAACUAGAUCUAAGAAUUCCAUUGGUCGUUAGACUUCAAGGUACUCGCGUGGAUGAUGCCAAAGCGUUGAUAGAAACCAGUGGACUGAGGAUUCUUGCGUGUGACGAUCUCGACGAAGCAGCAAAGAUGGUCGUGCAGCUUUCCAACAUCGUUCAGAUGGCAAGAGAAGCAGCCGUUGACGUGAAAUUUCAACUACCUAUUUGAUUGCCACUUGUUGGCAUACAUGUCGUAUAGAUACUGUACACCUACAUAUUUUGCGUAUAGUAAAAGCCUAUAGCCAUAAUCAAUUAUUGUUAAAGCAAUUACAAGUGAAAUUUUACACACUUCCUAUAUGGAGGCUUCAG